UGGACCAAAAACGUAUUUUAUGCCGCAUCAAGCCGUUAUAAGAGAAAACAAGGAAACUACAAAACUCCGUGUGGUUUUUGACGCUUCGUCACAUGCGGAGAAUUGUUUGUCAUUAAAUGACUGUUUACAUUCAGGUCCUAAGAUGUGUCCAGACAUACUGGAAUUGCUCCUUAAGUUCCGUCAAAAUCGAAUUGCGUUUACAGCUGACAUCGAACAAGCAUUCUUGCAGAUUUCUCUUGCUGAUGAAGACAGAAACGCAGUCAAGUUUCUAUGGAACGAUGGUGAAUUAAAUGGAACCAAAAUAAAGGCUCUUCGUAUGACAAGGGUAAUUUUUGGAGCAACAUCUAGUCCGUUUCUUCUCAGAGCAACUCUUAAUGUACAUGUUGACAAAUACAAGUUACAGUAUCCGAACGUAUUUUCCAUGCUAACUGAAAAUAUGUAUGUUGACGAUUUAAUCGCUGGAGCAGAUGAAGAAUCAGAAGCAUUCGAGGAAUCGGAACAUAUUAAACGCAUACUGAAAGAAGGUGGAUUUAACAUGCGGAAGUGGAAAACGAAUGAAACGAAUUUACAAAGGGUAUGGAAUGAAGAAGAUUUUUCACACGAUUCGACUUGUUCUAAAGUAUUGGGAUACAUAUGGAAUAGGUCAAAUGAUACAUUUUUGAUAGAAAUUGAAGAGUUUGGUAAAAGAUGCCAAAAAAGGAUAGAUAACAUACCCACUAAAAGGGAAAUCUUGAGAUUUGUAGGACGUUUCUUUGAUCCACUGGGUUUGGAAAUACCAAGACAUCAGUUUGCAGGUGCUGGGAAAAGGGAUAUAAAGGAUGGUUUACAGUUACACUGUUUCACAGAUGCGAGUCAGAAGGCCUAUGGGGCUGUUCUGUAUUUUCGUUAUUCGAAAAAUGGAGUCAUUCAUACAAGUUUCAUUACAUCAAAAUCACGAGUAGCACCUUUGAAAAAAUUAUCACUUCCCAGAUUGGAAUUGAUGGGUGCUUUGAUAGGCUCGCGCUUGUCAAAUUACAUUCAAAAGAAACUUAGGGACAUUGAUUUAAUCGUAUAUAUGUGGACUGAUUCUAGUAUAACGUUACACUGGAUUAGAAGUGAUGUGAAAAGGUGGAAGCCAUUCGUUCAGAACAGAGUGAAGGAAAUACAGAAGAAUUCAGAUGUCUUGAACUGGAGAUAUACGCCUGGUGAACACAAUCCAGCUGAUUUGCUAACUAGAGGUGAAAAUGUCAAACAUGUGAAGCAGAAUAGCAUAUGGUGGGAGGGGCCCACGUGGUUAAAGGAAGAAAUGGAACACUGGCAAAAACCGAAUUUAUGUUACACAAAGAACAUUGAAGAUUCCAAUAAGGAACUAAGAAAAACAUCAAAGGAAGUUUUCGUAAAUUCGUGUGUUACCGAACCUUCCGAAGAUUUAUUUAAAACCGAAAAUUACAGCAAUUACAUCGAAUUUACCGAAUUACUGCGUGGUGCUUAA